CUCGCUCACAUUCCCGUGCCCCUCUCUCCUCCCCUUCCCUCUCACGGCAGAAUCCCAUCGGGGAAAAAAAUUCUCCUUCUCUGGGUUGCUCGCUCUCUGCACUCAGAAAGAGCAAAGGGAGGAAGGGAGAGAAUCUCCUUUUCCUCUCCAAAAGGGGAAUCUGAGAGAAAGAAACCCUAAUCGAUCGAUCGAGCGAGCUAGAGUAUAGAGAUAGAGAGGAAUGCAAAAGGUCUUUAUCUUGGCGACGGAAAGAGGGUUUUGAUCAUUUGCGGGGAGCGGGAGGGAGGGCAUGGAUCCGGCGGUGUUGGAUGGUAUCAUACAUCGGCUUCUUGAGGUGAGAGGGAGCAGGCCGGGAAAGCAGGUGCAGCUCUCGGAGUCGGAGAUCCGACAACUGUGCGUCGUGUCCAAGGAGAUCUUUAUGCAGCAGCCCAACCUCCUGGAGCUCGAGGCGCCUAUCAAGAUUUGCGGUGAUAUUCAUGGCCAAUAUUCUGACCUCUUAAGGCUAUUUGAAUAUGGCGGAUUGCCACCUCAAGCUAAUUACUUGUUUUUAGGGGAUUAUGUAGAUCGAGGGAAACAGAGCUUAGAAACGAUUUGUCUUCUUUUGGCCUACAAGAUUAAGUAUCCAGAGAACUUCUUUCUCUUAAGAGGGAAUCAUGAAUGUGCCUCUAUAAACCGUAUCUAUGGGUUUUAUGAUGAAUGUAAGCGCAGAUUUAAUGUAAGACUCUGGAAGAUCUUCACAGAUUGUUUCAACUGCCUUCCUGUGGCAGCUCUUAUUGAUGAGAAGAUUCUCUGCAUGCAUGGGGGUCUUUCUCCAGAGUUGCAAAAUUUGGACCAAAUUCGAAACUUAAUGCGCCCUACCGAUGUUCCAGACACUGGACUUCUUUGUGAUCUACUCUGGUCUGAUCCUAGCAAUGAUAUUCAAGGAUGGGGAAUGAAUGACAGGGGAGUUUCAUAUACUUUUGGCCCUGAUAAGGUUUUUGAGUUCCUUCAGAAGCACGAUUUAGACCUUAUAUGCCGUGCUCAUCAGGUGGUGGAGGAUGGAUAUGAAUUCUUUGCUGACAGACAACUUGUAACAAUCUUCUCGGCACCAAAUUACUGUGGCGAAUUCGACAAUGCAGGUGCCAUGAUGAGUGUAGAUGAAACCUUGAUGUGUUCAUUCCAAAUUUUGAAGCCUGCAGAAAAGAAAACAAAGUUUGGCUUUGGUAGUACGACUACAGCUAAAGCUGGAACCCCACCACCUGGAGUAAAGUCCUUUCUUGGUGCAAGAGCAUGAGAUAGGCAAUCAAGGAGGACACGCCACAGUAUGCUGUCCACUGACCAAGUGCUCAUCCAAAAAAAGAAUCCAAAUCAUCAUUUUUAUCAACUAGAGUUUGGUACUUAUGGCUGUGUUCCUUUUUUUUUUUCUUUUUUGAUGUCGCACAGUUCUUGAUCUUUAUGUAUAUUAGUUGUGGAUGGUUAGCACAUUGUUGCUCGAUCUCAACUUCAAGAACGUCAGAAACGUGAAUCUGCUUGGUCUUUGCAAUACGAAGUUAGAAGAAAAUAAUACCGACUCCAACUUUUAAACGUAAUACUGCUCGCUAUGCUUGAGUCCUCCGGAGGUGGUGCCAUGCAGCAAUGUUUUAGUCAUCUUUCAGACGUGUUGCAUCUAUUAUCAUCUUGUUAUGAACCCUGCUACAGCAUCCAGUAAAAGUUUCUGGAUCAUCGGAAAUGAGCAAAAUUCACUGCAUACCAUAAAUAUUUAGCAUAAUGCAAGUGUUAGAGUCUUCCAUUAAUUAUACAAUGUCUUAAAGUUAGCACAUGAUGCUAGCUGAAGUAUAUGCUAAGGUACCAUUGCAGUGGCAAUGUUUUCUGAAAUAG